GACUAGUACUAGAUGCGAGGAAGGUCCACAGAAACACUGUAUACCAUCCCUUGUUUUCAUGCAGCAGUCUAUGCUAGCUAACAAUGAUGCCUGACAGUAUGCCUUGUAUGGAAGGAAGCAGAGGAAACAUGGCGCUCAGUGGAGGUGAUGCAUGUGUUCAACAGCAACAGGUCGCAAAUGCAAGUCGGAAACUCCAGUCCAGCUUACAAGAUGCAGCGAAUGUGUGUUCAGUAGGAGGCGACACACCAGUACUAGCACCAGAUUUGGAUCAUACAGACGGUGAUCAUUCAAUGACGCAUGUUACGCUGUCAUUGUCAUCUUCUGGAAUAUCAACUGUCCAAACCUACCCACGGUAUUCGACUGCUUCAACCACUCUUGCAAUGUCAGGACCUGUAGUACUAGCAGCACGUUCUGCUCAAGCAAUGGCCGAUUGUGACACAUCCGCUCUGGAGCAAAGCGGAAGCAACAGGGGGAUUGGCAAGUACCAGAGAAGCGCAAUGCACCUGGCUGAACCACGGCAAGUUGAGGACUUUCUGGACCAUUUGGAGAAACCUGCUCACGGUGGCUUCCAGUUUGAUGGUCUUCAAGGUGAUUUGUUGUCAGGCUCAGACAACUGGAUUUCAGGAUUCGAAUCAACCACCGAGUCAUUUCAUUCUCCACCUUUGGCCUCGUCCUAUGGACCACCGCAACUAACAGUCAGUAACACCCUGCUGCCGGGAACUAGCUACAAGUACUCGCAAUCCCCAUCAACCCACUCAAUAGGACUCAUCUCUCAGUAUCCUAUGCCCCCAAUGUUCCCGGAUUCUGCACUAUCCUCAAGAAGGCUGGGAGUCACUGAUCAUGGGUCGUCAAUAGACGCCAGUAAUACUGCGUUUUGGCGACAACACUCUUCAACUGAACAUCAAAAAUCCCCGGGUUGCCCAGGCCGAAGUCACGAUGAGACUCCAAGUCACACUCAUCAACCAAUGGGUGUGCAUCAAUUCCAAUCUGCUUCUCAUCAUCAGGCGAGAUUCAGCCCUAGGCAAAUUCAAGGGGCAGAUGGUAUCUCAUCAGCUAUGCUCCCAGGAACGAGCGCAUCGGCUAGAUCAGUAGCAGCUGCAACACCUCCCUCAAUACGUACGAGUGAAUUUAGGCAUCUAGCUGGUGCAGAUAGUGGAUCUUUUGGGUCUAGCUGCAUGACACAGGAAAACCUUGAUCGAGCUGAGGUUUGUCAGCUGACAUUGCCUACUCCAUCGCAGUCGCUCCCUUUGCCUGACGAACCGCACCCAAACACAGAACAUGCAAGUAUGUCCCCACUGCAAGCCUCCAGUCAAGGUAUUGGUGACCAGAGUCCAGUAUCAGCGGGACAAGCUCCAUCUCAGAGCGCCUGUAGCCGUGACGAUCAGACUGCAAUCAACCAAUAUGAUAUCUACACAAGCUCAGGACAAAUUCAACUCUGGCAAUUCCUUCUGGAACUAUUGUCAGACUCACGAGAACGUAACAUUAUCGAGUGGACGUAUGAGAAUCCAUGGGAGUUCAAGAUUAGGUCGCCGGCUGAAGUGGCAAAGAGGUGGGGGAAGAGGAAGAGCAAGCCUGGAAUGAACUAUGAAAAGUUGGCCAGGGGACUCCGCUAUUACUACAUGAAGAAAAUCUUGCAGAAAGUCGCCGGUCGCAAAUACACAUACAAGUAUGUAUGUCAAGUGGACGGAUACCUGCGUAUUUCCUGGGAUGAGAUAAGGCAGCACCCCUACCAAAGACGAUUCCGCUUCACUCCCAGCGUUCUGACGAGCUCACAAGACGCAGUAGCAGAGGGCAGUGACAGUGAUAAAUCUUUACCUGCCUCACCAUCGUGGAUGAACGAGGCUUCAAUAAGGUGUCAACCAGUCAUACCAACCACUGCUACCUCCUGUACGUUUCCACAGUCAACCGGUCAGUAUGAUGAUGGUGCUCGAUUACUCACUCAACCAGAGCCUAUCCCGCACAGGCCAAGAAACCUACACGCCACUCCUCAAGAUUACUUUCCAACGCAAACAAGCCUGCCUUUUCCCAGCUCAUUUGAGGACACGCAUGUUCAAACGGAGACUACAUGUACGUACAGCAGUCUUCCUAGCAAUGGUCUCAUACAGAAGUUUCUGAGUCAGUGACCGUUCAGACCAUCGAUAUCGUUGCAGCAUGAGGGGCACUGCAUCUCGCGACUCUCCAAAAGAUCCUCAACUUGUCGGCUGUGUAGUGAUAAUAUUUGUUGGCCUUUGCAGGUGGUGCCUGUAUUGGUUUGACCUUCUCAUUCCUGCAUUCACGUUUUAAUUCGUUUGUAACAUUUACUAAUGAGAACGGCGUAACUCCUCUGCGGCCUCGUCAUGAUUGUAUCUAGUUAGUUCCAGCACACAACCACACGCAGUCCUUGGAUUCACAAAACAAAACUCAGUCCCUCCAACUCUUUCCAAAUCUUUCCAAACAUCAGAUCUAUUUUUUCUGUAAAUCAAGAUAUAUUAUUUUAAAAUACACAAAAAUACCUCAGUUUCUCCAAAUCUCUCCAAACAUUCCAUCUAUUUUUCUGUCUAUCAAGUUCAAGAUCGAUGGGAACAUUUUAUUGCAGGUUCGAACACAUGUGCUUAUGCCAUGAUAUACCAUCACAGUUGUCCGUACACAGACAUAACUGCACUACAAACAUGAUGCCCCCAUAGACAUACAUGUACAUAUCCAUGCAGCAUGUGUAGAGGAUUCCGAGGGGAAGCUAUGAAUCGCAAUUUCCAUUCAUUGUUGCUUCAAGUACUUGAAAUACAACUGCAGCAUUUACGAUUAUCAUUCUAUUUAUUUUUUCUAAGUAUCCAAUCCCUAAGACUGAUUGACAGCAUUCCUAUAUAUAUCUACCAGAUUAAUAGCCUAAAAGAGUACAACAAACCUUGAAUACAACUUGAUUUUGUUUCUCUGUGGCUUGUGAAUAACCCAA